AUGGCGGCGGGUCAGCGGCGGGGCUCGGGGCGGCGGCGCGGGGCGCCCUGGCGUCCUCCUCGCCGGCGGGGCGGCUGGCGGGGCCCGACGCUCGGCUCUGCGCAGCCCGGACGCGCCGCGCGCUGCCGCUGCGGCUCUGCGAGUGCCGGACGCGCGGCGCGGGGGCCGGGCGGGAGGCGCGGGGCGGGGAGCGCGGCGCGGCGCGGGGAGGAGGGGCGGCCGCGAGGCUGCGCGGCUCCGAGCCACCAACCUACGGGUGGGCGCGCGCGCGGCCGCUCGCCCGGGGCUGCCCGGGGUCCGCCCCGCGCGCCCGGCGCCUCGGAGGGCUCGCGGUGCGGGAGUGCACGGGGAGCGGGGCGGCUUCGCGGACCCGCCGCCGAGGACGCGUGCCGGACCCCUUCCCCCCGCCUGCGGCGACCUCCACGGACACCGGCCGGGGGCCGCGACUGUCAGCGGCAAGGACGCCCGGCGGACCGCAGGCCCCGCACACACCCGCGCGCGCCGGCCGCCAGCCGAGGAAUAGGCUGUGGGCGCGCGCCCCACCUUUACUAUAUACCGCGCCUUCGCGCCCCGGGGCCCCGCCCCCGGCCGGCCCGGCCGGCCAAUCGCCGCCGCCCGGGGGCGGGGCCUGAGGCCCGAAGGGGCGGGCGCGGGGCUGGCACAAAGGAGCCGCCUGGGCUUGAGGGGCCGGCUGCAGAGGCGGGGGCGCAAGGACGGCGCGGCGAGCAGGAUCACAGAGGUGAACGAUCACUGCAGGCAAUCGUGAUUCACUGAAAUAACCGCAAGGCAGUAGGAUGGAAGACAGGUGGGGAAGUGGAACCGAACGAUUGUGAGAGCUUUCAACCAGCUUACCUGCUCCUUCUACUUGUCCCAUCAAGGCUUACCACAGAAGGUACUGGCCGUGGAAAGAAGAUUAGUAUCUCUGACCCUGCAGCUUUAUCAAGAAUUCUUGCUCCAUUUAAGCCUUCUGUCAUAUUAG